AUGUUAAUCAACGUGGCCUGCGGCGCCCUGGCCACCCGCAGCGUGUCCUGCAGCCCGGCCCCGGACGCAUUCAACCCGUGCGAGGACGUGAUGGGCAGGUCCUGGCUGAGGGCGGCCGUCUGGUUGGUCCUGGUGGCGGCCUUGCUGGGCAACCUGGCCGUCAUGCUGGUGCUGCUCAGCUCCCGCUUCAGCCUCAGCGUGUCCAAGUUCCUCAUGUGCCACCUGGCCUUCGCCGACUUCUGCAUGGGCGCCUACCUCCUCCUGCUGGCCGCCGUAGAUGCCCAUUCGGCCGGGGCCUACUUCAACCACGCCAUACCCUGGCAGCACGGUACGGGGUGCCAGGUGGCCGGCUUCCUAACCGUCUUCGCCUCCGAACUCUCCAUCUUCACCCUCACCGUCAUCACACUCGAACGCUGGUACGCCAUUACCUACGCCAUCCACCUGAACCGGAGACUGAAGCUCCGCACCGCCGCCAAGGUCAUGACUGCCGGCUGGGCAGUGGCCGGCCUGGCCGCCUCCCUGCCCCUUUUGGGAGUCAGCAGCUACACCAAGACUUCCAUCUGCCUGCCCAUGGAGACGCGGGGCCCACGCGACCUCGCCUACCUGGCGGCCCUGCUGAGCGGCAACGGCCUAGCCUUCCUCCUCAUCUGCGCCUGCUACGGCAAGAUGUACGCCUCCAUCGCCGGCCGCCACGCUUCCGCGGGAGACACCACGGUGGCCAAGAGAAUGGCCCUGCUCGUCUUCACCGACUUCGCCUGCUGGGCGCCCAUCGCCUUCUUCGGACUCACCGCGGUCGCGGGCUACCCCCUCAUCGACGUCACCAACUCCAAGAUCCUGCUGGUGUUCUUCUACCCUCUCAACUCGUGCGCCAACCCUUUCCUCUACGCCAUCCUGACCAAGCAGUACCGCCGGGACCUGUUUGUCCUGCUCAGUCGGUACGGCUUCUGUACCAGGCGGGCCAUGAGGUACAAGGACACGUCCUCUGUGCUCCACACCGCGCCGAACAAUAGGGGCAUUCUGCUGUCUCUGCAAGGCAACCACAGGCAAAGGGACGUGAUCACGCCAGCCGUGGAGACGGAAGAGGAGACGCAAUCCUCGACGCACAGAGGCUCGCCGCAUCCCAUCAGGAACAGUUACACCAAGAUGAGUUCUGUGAGUCAAUGUGCUUCGAUACCGGUGGACGACUGA